AUGUACACCCGCGUCGCUGCGUACAUCAACUACGACGAAGCCAAGGAGAUGCGGUAUGGACGCCGGUACUACAACCGGUAUGUGCCCACGGGCUCGGACAGGCCGAGUGGCCCCGCCGACGUGACGAUCGCAGCGCUCACAUCUGCGCCGAUGGCCAACGUCUGGCUCGACAUGCUCGCGUCGCGCCUGCAGUUCCCAAUCGCGCUGGCGCACGCCGCCAUCGACAACAGCCACCUUGCGCUCCUGCGCUACCUCGUACAAGAAAACUUGGUCGUUCUGGCAAUCGUUGGGCUCGUGACCGCGUCCAUUGGCUGUGGUAUCUCGCUCGCCAUGGACGUCGCCGCCGCUCGAGGCGACCUCGAGAUGCUUAUGCUGCUGCACGACGGCGGCUGCAACGCGUGCUCGGUCGCAGCGAUGGACAGCGCGGCCAAGAACGGCCGCCUCGACAUCGUGACGUGGCUGCACGGCCACCGAGACGAAGGGUGCUCGCCAUCUCCUUUAGAUCAGGCCAUUCUGCAGGAACACGCAGACGUGGAGGCGUAUCUGCGGUCGCACUGCGGCGGUGCCGAGGAAGGCAAGCUGGACCUCGUCACGUACCUCGACCAGGUGUGCCGCGCGCCGUGCUCGACGUACGCGAUGGACAUGGCGGCCGGCAACGGCCACCUCGACGUCGUGCGCUACCUCCAUGCCCACCGAACCGAGGGGUGUACGACGUGGGCCAUGGACCGCGCGGCCUACCACGGACGCCUGGACGUCCUCCGGUUUCUCCACGCCAACCGAAACGAGGGCUGCUCGAGCAACGGCAUCGACGGUGCUGCCCGGGCCAACCAGCUCGAAGCGAUCCAGUUCCUCACCGAACACCGCACCGAGCGCUGCAGCGUGCACGCAAUGGACCGCGCGGCCUUUCGCGGUUUCGAUGGCAUGGUGCGCUACCUCCAUCAACACCGUACGGAUGGCUGCUCGACGCGCGCCAUCGACUGGGCGGCCUCGGAAGGACACGUUGGCAUU